CAUGUAAUUUGAAUGUAGUUUAAAAGGAAGUUACUCUGAAGCUUAUUGAUCGCUGAUAAAUAAGUAUCCAGUUGUUACAAGUCAGCACAGCUUCGCACACAAUAUUGAGAAUUUUUCAAAGUUCAAAGAAAACGCUAUGUUUCAGCUCUUGUUUCUAUACUGAUCUACAUUAAGGCACAGAGACUUGAAUGUAUGAUGUAGAGUCCAAUACUAGGCAAUAGCUGCUCCUGGCUUACUUUUAAUAGUUGCCUGUGGUCCCAGUUGGCUGGGCGCAUGUAUGUGACUAGUCACCAGUGAUGUUCGAGUUAAAUCAUACAGGGAGACUUAUCAUCCUUGGUGUGGCUCUGCCUACAUCAGCUUGCCUGCUCUACUGGCUCCUCAGGACUUCAAAUGAUGGUGACGAGGCUGAGCUUGGGUGUGGACAGACAGCAGAAACCCAGACAUCGAGGCAAACAGUGAUUGAGGUUUCUAUACCUCCUGGGAUUGUAGGCUCCAUCAUUGGUCGUAGGGGGGCUAACAUUAAACAGCUUCAGGAAGAGAGCGGUGCACGACUUAACUUCAAGGACUUUACGGGGCCAGGUGGGGAGGGGGACCGGGACCGUAUCCUCGUGAUUCGAGGGACGGCGAUGUGUGCCCAGGCUGCAGAGUGCCUCGUGAGGAAGAUGCUCGCUGACCAACCUGUCCCAACCCAGGAGAUUAUUUAUGUGCCACAGUACACACUGGGCAGGAUCAUAGGUCGUGGUGGUGAGGGUAUAAGACAGCUUCAGCGCUCCUCUAACGCCCGUAUUGAUGUGGAACGGAUUCGUGAUGAGGACAGGAACCAGCCGAGAAAAAUAACCAUCACAGCAUCAGAUGCACAGAUAACCAUUGCAAAGGGACUAAUACAGGAGAAGCUGCAGGAGGUUGAAGAAUGCCGGGCACAGGCUGCGGUCUCAGCUGCCAACAGGGAAACCCGCCAGCCUACACGCGGAGGUAGAACAGAGCAAAACAAAAUGCCCACACUGAGAAAUGAUAAAGUAUUAGCGCAUAAAAACUACAGAGAAGAAGUGAAGGGAACACGUAACAGUGAUAACAAUGACAAUCAAGAAUCAAAUAAUAAUGGACUCGACCAAAGUGAUUUGUUGGGACAAAAGUUAGGGGGAGGGGAUGUUUUGAAUUCCCAGCCAGACAGAUGGAGAGGCGAUAGGGACAUAUCAGAGCCCGAGUCUGGGGAUGGGGACAAGUGUCAACCAAUGGGAGGGGACAGGUCUACAGGUGUCCCCCUACAACAGCAGUUGGGACCUAGGUUCCCACAGGAAAAGGGAGUGGAUUUCGAAGUAGGAAGAAGUGCAGAGACAGUGGAAUUCCCGCGUGGCCUUGACUAUGUUGAGGUCUAUGUGUCGGCCAUCGCAGAUCCCCACCACCUGUGGCUUCAGCUGAUUGGUGAGAUGGCUGUACAGUUGAACACACUGUCCGAACAGAUGACUAACUUCUACCAACAUACUGGCAAGGACAGUGCAGUGGAUCAUGUGACAGUUGGAGACUUAGUAGCUGCUCCGUUUGAGAAUGACAAAACGUGGUACCGGGCACGUGUCAUGGAGAUACGUGGGGCGAACGAGCUUGAUAUUUUCUACGCUGACUAUGGGGAUAGUGCCUAUGUUAAUAAAAAUCUUGUCAAGCCACUUUGUGGUGAGUUCUGCCAGCUCCCUCUACAGGCUAUUGAGUGUCGACUCCAUGGAGUACAACCGCCCAGUGAUGGUUGGGGUGAGCGAUUAUUUGAGCGUUUAGAAGAGUUGACCCACUGUGCCCAGUGGUGGCGGAUGUUGGCUAGGCUGGAUGGAUGGGUGGGAAAUGUUCCCUCUGUCACACUGUUUGACACCAACCAGGACAUGGAUGUGAUAGUGAAUGAAGAGCUGAUACAGAAUGGCCUGGCUAUAAGGGACACAAGCACAGUGGAAUGAUUGAUUGGGCAUGUAGGGGAAUGAGUAUAGCAGACUGUGAAGAUUAUCUCAUUGUGUUGUGACACUAAAAUGAUAGCCCUUAUUAUAAUAAAGGCAUACUCAGUAUCAUAUGAAAGGCAAAGAAGAGUGGAGAAAAUGCUUAAAUUUGCUGUAUUUUCUGCUUUAUGAUGUCGAAUAGGGAUGGUAAUUGAAAUUGUGUACAUGUAAUCUAAAACUCCGUGAUCAUGUGAUAAAAAUUUGGGUCACUAUGUCAAAUCUUUAGUUUUUUUGUCUGGGACCAUAUCGUGGUAGUGAUUGGUCAGAUUAUGUUCAAAAUUGGGACAGAAUGUUUCCCUUGAACAAAUCUUACUGCACGAGGGUCACAUGGGUCAAAAACUACGUUACUACAUUGAAGGUCAAUUCUUAGAAGAAAAAAAAACAUACUAGAGACUAUAUGUCUGUCCCAAUACUUAUUUAACUUCAUGUUCGGCACCAUAAAAUGGUAUUGAUUUGUCAGAAUGGUUCGAACUGUUUCCCGUGAUUUAAUCUUGGUAGACUUGUUAAGUGGUUCACAUGGGGUCAAAAACUAGGUCAUAAGGUCAAAUCUUAGAGACAUCUUGGGAACAAACACAGGCAAUAAUUCCGCUUAAAUCUUAUCUUUCUGGAACAUUUCUGGUCCAAUCGUGACACUUAAUCGGAAUGUUUUCCUUCAUGAAAUUUUUAAUUAGUUUUAAACUGGGUAACUUAGGGUCAAAACUAGGUUUCUCGGCCAAGUCUUAACCUAAAUGCUAUACCGUAUGCUAUAUUCUUUUAUUUUAAACAGUUGCAAACAAACUGUAUCUCAAUGUACAUAAGAUACCAUCACUCUGUA